CACAGCUUUGUCCUCUAGUAUAUCAUUACAGACUCCGCCAAAACAGACUCCCGUGGAAAUUCACUGCCAUGGCGCUCCAACAGCCGUCCAAAAUUUCACGGACUCUAGAAAGCCUUCCUGCGGAAAUGCUACUUCAGAUCGCCGAAUCUACCCACUCCUCUGCUGACUUGGCACGCCUGGCCAUGACCAACAAGCGGCUUUACUGCAUGCUCAACCCCUUGCUCUACGAGCUGGAUGUACGCAGUGGAAAUUCGUGUGCCUUGCCCUGGGCCUGCCAGUUCGGUAGGUUGGAAACGCUCAAGUUGGUUCAUGAAGCCGGGGCGCCACUCAACCAGAUCUGGGCAUCCAAAAAGCCGCUCCGAGAGCUUCCAUCCAACCCUUACCACCACAGCCCGGAAUUCUACCAAAAGAUUGCACUCAGAUUGAAAGACGACAAAGACAACAGUGUUGGAAGCCAGGACGAUGGCUGGCUUUGGAUUUCUGACGUGCACCCAGAGGGCUUCACCCACGAUUGGGAACAGGAUCUGCUUGACCAAGCGACCGAAGAAGCGGUCGAAGAGGAGCAAAGUGAUGAAGAAAGCGACACAGAACAGUGGGUAGACGAGGGUCCAUUUGAAGAGCCUUACGAAGCGGAAGAAGAGGACCCUGACUCUAAAGAUCAUUUUUGGCCCGAGGAUAAGGACGAAGCCGGGCAGCCACUCCUCAAGAUGGCUUCCCAAGACUCUCGAUACACGUGGCGCAACGACUUCUUCAGCCUGAAGCGCCGCCCGCUCGAAACAGAGGACGACUCCCUUAGCGGAAAACCGCCACGCCACCCUCUGUUCUGGUGGCAUCCCAUUGACCUCGCUGUUUAUUUUGGGCACAAGGACAUUAUCCGGUACCUGGUAGCGAACGGCAUUAGAGUUCAACAUGGAAUGUCGCGUGGCCUCUGCCGCCAAAGAGACUUUUCUUAUGCAUGUCCCGACGGAGGGUGCGACCACCAUACGCGCCCCCCCGCCACACCAGGGCGACUAGGCCAUGCAGAUUUUAAAUACUUUGUCCACACUCUCCUGGGGCUGGUCGCGUGUAAGGAAACUGGUCAGGGCCGGGACAUGUACCACUUUUUGCGGGAAAUUCACGGCUGGAGUAGGUUGCAGAUGCGUUUUGCUGGGGUGAUGGCGUGGAGGGGGUAAUUAAGUUUGAGGACUCGGAGGGGCGACGGCUUUUGUGUGACUUUUCUCUGGAUAGGUAGUAUGGCCGGCAGGGUGAAGGAGACGGGAGUUCAUGAUUACAAUUUCAGACUAGAAAGAAUCUUCCUCAGUUGAUUCAGCAAAGACCGUUAAGUUGCUACUC